GUGUACAAGGGUGAGCUUGUCGGGGGAAAGUUUCACGGAAGUGGAUCUUUUUUGCAUAAGACAGGGGGCGCCUACAGGGGAACAUAUAAGCAUGGAGAGAUGCAUGGUCUUGGUACUCGAACUUUUGCCAAUGGAUCUGCGUAUGAGGGGGCGUUCAUCGAUGGCGCCAUGCAUGGCGAGGGUAUGAUGCACUGGGCCAAUAAAAAUCAAUAUGUCGGCAUAUGGAAGGAUAACAUGCCCCACGGUCGUGGGGUGGUUAUGUAUGGGUAUGGUGACAGAUUUGAGGGCCUUUUUUUCAAAGGUGCCUUUUUUGGGAGAGGUCGUUACACCUGGUCUGACGGUGGUUUCUACGAAGGCGCAUAUCUUGAUCAAGGCCGGCGGCCUCAUUCAACGUCAAGUGGCAAACGUAAUGGGUAUGGCAUGCGAUGGUGGGUUAGUGGGAAUCGCUAUGAAGGUGAAUGGCUUGAUGACCAGAUGGAGGGUCUUGGUAAGUUGAUUGGGUCGAACGGAUCGGUCUAUACCGGUCCGUUUCGCCAAAACCAAAAAUCUGGUUGGGGCAAGGAACAGUACAUUGGAGGACUGAACGGGCUCUAUCGUCCCCUGAAAUACACUGGAGCCUGGGUCAACGGAAAACGCAUGGGACCCGGUGAGCUUCGGAUGAUGGAUGGGGUAUGUCUUGAAGGCCACUUCGAGGAUGGUCUCCUCGAGGGUCACGUCGAUGUUUUGUUCCCAGAUGGUGGCAAG